CCUUUCUCUUUUCACUCAUCUCUCAAACCAUGAGCUCAACCUUCCAAGCACAUACUCAUCACGAGAGUGAAGGAGACAGGGAAUUCACUUUCUGGGGUUCAUCAAAUACCUUAACCUCUGAAAAUGAUUGUGAUCAACUUGGAAACAAUGAAGCAAGGCUCAACAGCCAAGCAGAGUUUGGAGAAACAUACAUAAGAAAAAAUCUUAAAUUUGAGCAUCAUUGUUCAAGAGUUUCAGACCCUUCACGGAGCAAAGCUAUUGCAGAAGGAAGGAAGGAGCUUAUGGAGAUGAUGCAAGACAUGCCUGAGUCUAGCUACGAACUCUCUUUCCAAGACAUGGUGGUGGAUGAGAAACAAGUGCAGCAACCAGAACCAGAUCAAAAUGAAACUUCGAUCAACAAUAAACUCAUGCUAAGUAGUAGUAGCAAUAAAUCUCAACCCAAGACGCUAAACAAGAAGAAGAAAAACAAAGAUAGACCUGGUAAGAUAUUGCGGGUUGAAAGCAUGGAUAGUGAAACCUUCUUCCUGAAGAUGUUCUUUCCAACUUCUCUUGAUUGGAUGAAGAAGGGUAGAGUGCAGAAUGGCUCCAAGGUUUCUCCAAGACAAUCAUUGCAAGAACCCGUAAAACGAGAAGGUAAAGAAUGGAGAAUUAAAAGAUUCUUCCUAGCAGGAAACAACAAAGGCGAUGCUGAAGAUGGCUGUGACAAAAGCAGGUAUGUUGAUCGCAGCUUCUCAAUCUCACAUGGUUGCUGGCCAUUUUUUCAUCAUAUUAAAAGCAAAACAAAGAAAUUGGGAGGAUGAAUUACUUUAAAUAUGGUUACUUUUGUUCCUUUGGAAGCGUUGGGUGCCAUAGGAAUUCACAACAGCAGAAAAUGCGAAAUAGAGGAUUCAAGGCUUGAAGAAUUGCAGAGGCAGACACUACAAGUUAUUCUUGAAUUCCUAUUGGUUUGGAUAGUUGUUAUGGCAUUCAUUUGCAUGUUUGAAUAAAAUAAUUUAUCUUAUCAUGUUAUGGGAAAGAUGUUGGGGCACUGUCCAUGGCGUGUAGUUUAAGCCACAAGAACCUAUAUGCUUCUUUCACUGUAUCAGCUAAAUAUUUGUUAGUUAAAAAACCAUAACCUCGUUAGAAUGAGUCAAGGAAGCAUACAGAUUAGGACAUUUACCUAAUCUUGAUUCAAAUGAAAUGUUUCUUUAGAUAAUGCAUUGUA